GUUGAGCAGUAACACCGUAAAGGUAAACUUACCUGGUUGUUUAACUAUCAUUAAAAAGUAGGCCGAAAGUACAGCUGGAACUAAGUAUGGAAGAGGGUUAAUUAUAUUAAAUUACGUUUCUUAACUCAGCUAGUGGUGAUGUUUAUCCUUGACUUUUAAAGUCAGAGGAGCUGGGUGAAGAAAUGCAAUAUGGGAGACUUCUUUACGACCGGCCAAGCUUUGGAUCCGGAGACAGCUAAGUUUGCUGAAAACCAGAGGGGAGCAGGAAGCACAACAGGUAUUGCCCAGGAUAGAAGUGUUGUCAACCAACCUCAGCUUACACAUUUUUCUGCAGGAACAGUAAACAUCAACACAUAUGGCCAGGCUCCUGAUAGGACGGACAACAUAAAUUCCAGUUCUUCACAAAACAAAGCAAACAUAAAAAGAUGCCAAGCUGAACUGAAAUCUUACAUUGAAAAUUCAACAAAGAAUCUCUAUCAAGGAACAAAGGAUGAUGGAUCAUUGACACCUUUAAAAGAGAUCUAUACAGAGCUUUACAUCACAAAAGGUGGCAGUGGGGAGGUCAAUAAUGAACAUGAAGUGAUUCAAUUAGAAUGCAGAAGGAAUUUGUUUGAGGAGAAGAAAAUCCAGCUCAAUGACAUUUUGAAUGCUUUUUCAAAUGAACACAACCCUCCACAAAGAGUUCUGACGACGGGAAUCGCUGGCAUUGGAAAAUCUGUCGCUGUGCAGAAAUUCCUUCAAGACUGGGCAGCAGGAGAAGCCAACCAAACCACUCAGUUCAUAUUUCCAUUCACAUUCAGAGACUUGAAUUUGAUAAAAGAUAAGCCUUGGAGUCUUAUGACGUUAAUAGGUAACUAUUUUGAAGAAGUGAAGGACUUCUCAGACUCAGACUACUGCAAUUCAAGUGUUUUGUUUAUCUUCGAUGGCCUAGACGAAAGCAAACUACCUCUUGACUUUGAGAACAAUGAGAUGUGCCGCAGCGUUACAAAGAUCACAACAGUGGACGUUCUGCUAACCAACUUAAUCUCAGGGAAACUGCUGCACAAAGCUUGGAUCUGGAUCACCGGGCGACCAGCUGCAGCUGCUAAGAUUCCUCCCAAGUUCAUCGACAGAGUGACCGAGGUACGAGGCUUUAAUGAUAAGCAAAAGGAGCAAUACUUUCAGAGGAAAGUUUGCAACAACGACACAGCUCAGAAGAUCCUCGAUCAUCUGAUGUCAAAGCCAUUAAGAAGUCUGUACAUUAUGUGCCACAUCCCAGUCUUCUGUUGGAUUACAGCCACAGCUCUUGAGGAUCUCCUUAACAAAACGGACACAGAUGAGUUGCCCAAGACUGUAACUGAAAUGUACACACACUUCCUGGUCAUUCAGACAAAGCUUAACAACCAGAAGGAUUAUCAGGAAGUUGAAACAGACAAAGAUGUGAUCAUGAAAUUGGGAAAGCUGGCAUUUGAACAGCUACAGAAGGGCAACAUAAUCUUCUAUGAGAAGGACUUGGAAAGCUGUAAGAUUGAUCUGACACAAGCAGCAGUUUAUUCUGGAGUGUGUACACAGAUCAUAAGAAAAGAACAUGGGGGGCUUCACAAACAAGAAGUUUACUCUUUCAUACAUUUAAGUGUUCAGGAGUUUCUGGCAGCUCUGUAUGUACUAGAGACCUUCUUAAAUAGUGGAGAAAAUGUGCUUUCCAGUCAGACACGUGUAAAGGUGGCAUCAGAGACAGGAGAAGUUCUUCUCCUCCUCCUCCACACGAAAGCUGUGAAUACUGCUUUGGCCAGCGAUGGACAAUGGGACUUGUUCCUGCGCUUCCUGCUCGGUCUGUCUCAAGAUUCAAAUCAGAAGCUUCUUCAGAAAGUAUUUGGAUUCAAAGAAAGAUACCCACAGAGCACCCAGGAGACAAUCAUCUUCAUUCAUGAGAAAAUCAGGAAACUGUCGAACACCGACAAAACAAUGAAUCUGUUCCAAUGUUUAAAUGAGCUGGGAGACAAGUCUCUGUUAGAGCAAGUCCAAAAGUACCUGAGAUCAGGAGAUGUUGGUCAAAUCUUACCUUCACAUUGGUCUGCCCUGGCCUUUCUUCUGCUCGUCUCCAACGAAGACCUGGAUGUCUUUGACCUGAAGAAAUACAACAGAUCAGAUGAAGUUCUGGAGAGGCUGCUGCCAGUCCUAAAAGCAUCAAGGGUAGCUUUGCUAAGUGACUGUAACCUCACAGACCGAUGUUGCAAGUACAUUUCAGAAGUUCUCAGCUCGAUGUUUUCUGGUCUAGAGGAGUUAGACCUUAGCAGAAAUGGUCUGCAUGACUCAGGAGUGAGGCUGCUCUCUGAUGGACUAAGAAGUCCCAACUGCAAACUCAAGAUUCUCAGACUGGCUGAAUGUCAGAUUACUGAGAGUGGCUGUGCUGCACUGGCAUCCUGUCUGAAGUCAAAUCCCGCCCACCUGAGAGUCCUGGAUCUGGCACAUAAUAAACUCCAAGAUGGUGGUGUGGAAAACCUUUCUCAGUUCUUGGAAGAUCCACUUUGUCAACUGGAGACACUGAAUUUGAGCUUCAGCAGGAUGACGGCAGUCGGCUGUGGGUCUUUGACUUCUGCUCUCAGCGGCUCCUCUGCUCUCAAAGAGCUCGACCUGAGCAACAACUCCCUGAAGGACGAGGGGGCCAACCAGAUUUCAGAUUUGCUGAGAAAUCCAGAGUGUAGACUGAAGAUACUGAGACUGGCUGGCUGUCAGUUUACUAAGAGUGGCUGUGCUGCACUGGCGUCCAGUCUGAAGUCAAACCCCGCCCACCUGAGGGUCCUGGAUCUGGCACAUAAUGACCUCCAAGAUGGUGAUGUUGAAAAACUUUCUGAGUUCUUGGAAGAUCCACUUUGUCAACUGGAGACACUGAAUUUGAACCACAGCAGGAUGACGGCAGUCGGCUGUGGGUCUUUGACUUCUGCUCUCAGCGGCUCCUCUGCUCUCAAAGAGCUCGACCUGAGCAACAACUCCCUGAUGGACGAGGGGGCCAUCUGGAUUUCAGAUUUACUGAGAAAUCCACAUUGUAGACUGAAGAUACUGAGACUGGCUGGCUGUCUGUUUAAUGAGAGUGGCUGUGCUGCACUGGGGUCCAGUCUGAAGUCAAACCCCGCCCACCUGAGGGUCCUGGAUCUGGCACAAAAUAACCUCCAGGAUGGUGGUGUGGAAAAACUUUCUCUGUUCUUGGCAGAGCCACUUUGUCAACUGGAGUCACUGAAUUUGAACCACAGCAGGAUGACGGCAGUCGGCUGUGGGUCUUUGACUUCUGCUCUCAGCGGCUCCUCUGCUCUCAAAGAGCUCGACCUGAGCAACAACUCCCUGAUGGACGAGGGGGCCAACCGGAUUUCAGCUUUGCUGAGAAAUCCACAUUGUAGACUGAAGAUACUGAGACUGGCUCACUGUCAGUUUACUAAGAGUGGCUGUGCUGCACUGGGGUCCAGUCUGAAGUCAAACCCCGCCCACCUGAGGGUCCUGGAUCUGGCACAUAAUGACCUCCAAGAUGGUGAUGUGGAAAAACUUUCUGAGUUCUUGGAAGAUCCACUUUGUCAACUGGAGACACUGAAUUUGAACCGCAGCAGGAUGACGGCAGUCGGCUGUGGGUCUUUGACUUCUGCUCUCAGCGGCUCCUCUGCUCUCAAAGAGCUCGACAUGAGCUACAACCACCUGAUGGACGAGGGGGCUAACCGGAUUUCAGAUUUGCUGAGAAAUCCACAGUGUAGACUGAAGAUACUGAGACUGGCUCACUGUCAGUUUACUAAGAGUGGCUGUGCUGCACUGGGGUCCAGUCUGAAGUCAAACCCCGCCCACCUGAGGGUCCUGGAUCUGGCACAUAAUGACCUCCAAGAUGGUGAUGUGGAAAAACUUUCUGAGUUCUUGGAAGAUCCACUUUGUCAACUGGAGACACUGAAUUUGAACCGCAGCAGGAUGACGGCAGUCGGCUGUGGGUCUUUGACUUCUGCUCUCAGCGGCUCCUCUGCUCUCAAAGAGCUCGACAUGAGCUACAACCACCUGAUGGACGAGGGGGCUAACCGGAUUUCAGAUUUGCUGAGAAAUCCACAGUGUAGACUGAAGAUACUGAGACUGGCUGGCUGUCAGUUUACUGAGAGUGGCUGUGCUGCACUGGGGUCCAGUCUGAAGUCAAACCCCGCCCACCUGAGAAUCCUGGAUCUGGCACAAAAUGACCUCCAGGAUGGUGGUGUGGAAAAACUUUCUGAGUUCUUGGAAGAUCCACUUUGUCAACUGGAGACACUGAAUUUGAACCACAGUUGGAUGACGGCAGUCGGCUAUGGGUCUUUGACUUCUGCUCUCAGCGGCUCCUCUGCUCUCAAAGAGCUCGACCUGAGCUUCAACUCCCUGAUGGGCGAGGGGGCCAUCUGGAUUUCAGAUUUACUGAGAAAUCCACAGUGUAGACUGAAGAUACUGAGACUGGCUAGCUGUGAGUUCACUGAGAGUGGCUGUGCUGCACUGGCGUCCAGUCUGAAGUCAAACCCCGCCCACCUGAGAGUCCUGGAUCUGUCACAUAAUAAACUCCAAGAUGGUGUUGUUGAAAAACUUUCUGAGUUCUUGUUAGAUCCACUUUGUCAACUGGAGACACUGGACCUGAAAUCCUGCAAGUUAAAUGUUGCAUGCCUCCGGUCUUUGACCUUGGCCUUCAGCGGCUCCUCUGCUCUCAAAGAGCUAGACCUGAGCAACAAUCAUCUGAUGGACGAGGAGGCAAUCCUGCUUUCUUAUUGGCUGAGGAAACCCCAGUGUAGACUGAAGAUACUAAGACUGGUUAACUGUUGGAUUACUGAGAGAGGCUGUGCUGCACUGACUUCAAGUCUGAAGUCAAACCCCCAUCUGAGAGUCCUGGGUCUGACAUAAGAAUAACCUCCAAGAUGGUGAUGCUCAAAACAUUUCUGUGGCUAUGCUCUUGGGAUAGCCACAGACCUGAGACUGAAAUGUCAGAUGGCUCAGAGAGAAGACGUGAUUUUCUGGCCUCACUCCAGGAUAAUUUGCUUUGAAGCUGCCGUCUCAUUUACAGGAGAAAACGAGUUACAAACUUAACACACCAACUGUGACAAAGCGAUUUAUUGGUGAUAUAUGAACUGGACCAGAACUUAAAUACAACAACAGCAAAUGUUCUUCCUUUGGUCUGGACCAAAUGAACUGAAACACAGGUGUGAAUGUUACUUCAGUGUUAUGGAUUUGCUGGCAUCUAUUGCACCCAAAUGAAUACCCUGCAAUGUACGAGACGUAGAGUGCUAAUCAGUGGUAUCUUUUAGGAUCUUCGCCUCACUUAAACGCUGUCCUUAUCAUAACACUGUUUAGCGUAUCAGGGAACAACUGUGUAACAUACGAAAUAAAAGACAUCUCUAAAAGAGGAUCUGCUCUCUUUGAAGGUUUCAUUGUAGAAAAAGCCCUUACAUUUACAAGUGUUAAGUAUGGUUGCCUAAAGAGUGCUUUUACAUGUAAUGAACUGUUAUAUUUUUUGUUGUGGUAAUCCUAGAAACUUUUAUUACAAGUGAUCUGUAUAUAUGUUUUUCUUUAUUGUUUUAUGUCUUAUAUAUAUAUAUAUAUAUAUUUAUGUUGCAUUGCUGGAGG